AAGGAGAAAGACGGUUGAAGAGACUUCCUCAUGCAGACUGGCUUCCUCCUUGCCUCAUCUCCGCUUCUGAUUGGCCAGCGUGGAAACCCCGAGCAUGCGGGAAGUAUCACCAGGGAGACCCAAACCCGAGACGUGUGUGUGUGUGUGUGUGUGUGUUUUUCUUCACUGCCAGGUUUUAUUUUUAAACACACUCUGGUUUCCUUGGCUGGCGGAGGAUACAGACUGAAGCAUCCCUGCUUGGUUCAUCACUAGGAGACGAAGGUUUAGUCGAUUAAUGUCAGCAAUGUUUUCCUCUCCUCUCCCACAGUUACCCUGCAAAGCCAGCGCUAAAAUGGGGGAUGACCGACCUUUUGUCUGCAACGCCCCGGGGUGUGGGCAGAGAUUCACUAAUGAGGAUCACCUGGCUGUACAUAAGCACAAGCAUGAAAUGACACUGAAAUUCGGACCAGCCAGAACGGACUCUGUCAUCAUCGCAGACCAGACGCCCACGCCCACCCGCUUCCUGAAGAACUGCGAGGAGGUGGGGCUCUUCAGCGAGCUGGCCAGCUCCUUCGAGCAGGAGUUCCGCAAGGCCCAGGAGGACGACGACAAGAGGGCCAAGAACCCACUCCCUGCCUCCCCCCAUGGUGGAGCCUUGGACAUGACUCUACAGACCCCCUCAGAUGUGAAAGUGAAGGAGGAGGAGCCAGUGGAGGUUGACUCCUCCCCCCCAGGAAGCCCAGAAUCCAUCUCCAGCCAAUCGGAAAGCUGCUCAGAAGCUAUGAGCCCUCCCAGACCGGUGGUGAGCUCGGCCCCCACCCCCACCAUCGUACGGCCGGGCUCCCUGCCCAUCCACCUGGGCUACGAUCCCCUGCACCCCACCAUGCCCUCUCCAACGUCCGUCAUCACCCAGGCCCCGCCCUCCAACCGCCAUCUGGGCUCUCCCACAGGCCCGUACCCCAUGAUGAUGCAUUUGCCCAAUGGGCAGGCGGUCCCAGUUCUUCCAGGCCCGGUUCAGAUGCCCUCCGUCAUAUCACUGGCCCGGCCCAUGCCCACGGUACCCAACGUUCCUGGAAUUCCCGGCCCCCCUCUGGGAGGGGGCGGCAGCGGCUCCUCCUCUCCUUCCGGGUCCAUCCUCCACAACGAGGCCAAAAUGAGACUGAAGGCGGCGCUGUCUCACCAGGCUCCUGCAGGACACAGCUAUGGGGGCGUGGCCAUGGGCUCCAGUCCCAUGGUGCCUCAGAGACAGGAGCAGAGCCAGCUGCUGGUACAGCACCCUGACGCCCCGUCCCCCGCCCAGCCUCAGGUGUCCCCGGCCCAGCCCACUGGCGGGCGGAGGCGGAGGACGGCGGAGGACGAUCCGGACGAGCGGAGACAGCGCUUCCUGGAGAGGAACCGGGCGGCCGCCUCCCGCUGCAGGCAGAAGCGCAAGGUCUGGGUCAACUCCCUGGAGAAGAAGGCCGAGGAGCUCACCUCCAUGAACGUCUCCCUCUCUAAUGAAGUGUCCCUGUUGAGGAAUGAGGUGGCCCAUCUGAAGCAGCUGCUGCUGGCCCAUAAGGACUGUCCCGUCACCACUCUGCAGAAGAACAGUGUCUACCUGGGGGAGGAGACCCUGAAGCAGCUUUCGGAGCCCUUGGGCUCCCCGGCCCCCGUCAUCCAGCACAGCUCCCUGAGCGGAAGCCCCUCCCCCUCGGCGGGGCCCAAUGGGCUGAGCUCGCGUGCGGCGGCCGAGGCUGUGGCCAUGUCCGUGCUGGCGGGGAUGGGCGCCCCGCAGGCGGGCGGGGCUGGGGGCGGGGCCUCCUCCCACGUCAUCAUGGCCACGCACUCCCAGUCCGCCGCCAGAUGAUGAGCGGGCGUGGCCCUGGACUCGGAGAGAGGGAGGGAGGGAGAGGAAGGACCCCUCCUUUCUCCAUAUCCCACCCUCUCUCUCUUUCUCUGUUUCUCUCUUUCUUCCUCUCUCUCUGGAGCUCAGUGGGACUUGUGCUGGGACUCAGAGAGCUUCUUACCCACAAGGCCAUGGACUACAGGGGCUGGACUCCGCCCACCUUCCUGCCCCACCCUCCCCUAACCCCGCCCUUUAAUCUACCCCCCAACCUCACUGGACUAUAGGACUGCAAAACUUUGUUCUGAGUGCACUCGUAUUGUCAGCACCACAAACGUACACAUACACACACACACACACACACACACACACCCUCACUGUCGCAUGAAUCACUUUUUCAGGACUCUGUUCCUUUCUUUACUUUUAUUGUUUAAUUGUUUUUUUAAAUAACUUUUAAGGUCCCCUUGUACCCUGAGUGAGAGGUGCCAUUGUAAAAUUAACUCCAUUAAGAGUUUCACAAAAUGGCUGACCUCAUUCAUGCCAUUACAUAAUACAUAUUACUUAUGUAGCUCUACAUCCUGUUCUGUGUGUGAGUGUGUGAACUGAAUGUGGGUGUGAACAUGCAGUGCAUGCGGUGUAGCGCUGGUUUAUGAGUCACUGUCUGAUCUACACUAACGUCUGGGGUUUUGCCAUGGAGCAUCAUAUUCUCUCAGCCUGCCCUGUACCAGUGGGUCUCGUUUCAUUGAGCACAUAUCCUCGGCCCCCAAAGUGCCAGAUCACCUCCUGUUAUUGGCUGUGACUGAAUUUGAGAUUGGCUGGGUUGUGCUGUUCCUCGCUCUGCCCUGGGUUACUAUCUUGCCAUUUAAGUUACUGUGCGUGUGCGUGUGCGUGUGCGUGUGUGCUGUGGCUCUCCUGUGUGGACCUAGCUGGAGGUUUAUUGGCUUGUUGGGUUGUGGGACUGGAGCCCAGCCUUACUGGGUAUCUGAGAGCAGGCGGCCAAAACUGGACAUUUCUCACUUGCGCCAGUGCGGUUGGCUCCAGCACAGGUGUUGGGACUGGAGCCGGGCCGUGCUGGGGAUCUGGGAGAGGGCUGGAUGUGGUCCUGUGCUGGGCUGGCUCAUGGCCUCCAGGCUCACAGUGAGGUUCAGUCUGCAUGCAUUCUGCCCUGCCCCCUCCCUGCCUGUAAUCAACGUGUUGGUUCAGAUCCCCUCUGUAACACUAGCCCCACCUGUUUCUCUCUCUCUUCCUUUCUUUCACACACACAGGCUCACACACACACACAUACACACAUACACACACACACAGGCACACUCGCGCACACACACACACACACACACACACACACACACACACACACACACUCACAUAUCCUGUAUUUGGGGGGAAAAGAAGAAAAAUAAAUAAUCACGUUCCGCCUUAAACGAAAGAGAAAUCACACUAGUGCCUGCCCCGCUCCCUCCCUGUGGGAGCUGGUGGCCAGCAGUGGGGCUGCAUCCCAGAGUCCGGAGAGGAGGAAUCUCACGGAGGGAAAAACGCAUCGGAACGCUCAGGUUGUGCUUGAGCACAUAUACCUCCGAAAGAUACAGCAGGUUUGGAUCUCUCGCUCCCCCUCUCCUCCUCUCCCUCCCUCGCCAGCCGCGUUCAAGGCGCCCGUCUUCCUUUCUGCACGCGGGAGGUGCUGCAGGACCGCCGGCCUGGCGGGGUGAGGGUGGCCCCCCCGCGCAGACGGGACGCAGACUGCCCCGAUGCAGACCUCAGGGUGGCUUCGUACCUUCCACCACGUUCCUCUGGGAUCGCAGCAGAAGAACUGAUCUCAAGUACCAUAAAAAACACACUGACUGAAAAACGGGGCCUGCAUUUUACGGUUCCUCCAAGCAACAGACCCGAGUCUUCGCACCUCAAGUACUUGGUUUGCAGGGUGUAGCGUGAUGCAGAAGCGAUUGAGAAGUUCUAAACUAUAUUGGCAUGUAAGUGCACUAAGAACAAUAUGCAGAUUUUUUUCUCUUUUAAAUCUUUUGUUAUUUUGACGAGCUUUAACAAGUCAGGAUAAAGUAGGCAGGUUCUGAGGUUUGCCGGUUUUGGCUGGUGUACUGUGUGUGUAUGUGUGCGAGUGUAUAAGACAGCUCAGAGACUGUGAAAACGCGUCUGGUCCGCCUGACCUCCUUGCCCCACACCCCGGAUCUCAGCGCCUCCAGACAAAUUCCCAGACUGUACUCGGCUUUCAUUAUAGUUAUUGUCCUUUAGCACUUUUUUUCCCCCCUAUUUUUUUAUUUUUAUUUUUUUGUAUUUUUUUUUUGUAUUGUGUGCUGUUGUCAGGGCUAUACAGAUGCCUGCUACAGUUAAUACUUGUCAUCCUUUUUUCUUUUGGAUGUAAUAAUCAAAUUUAGAAAUGCAUCCCUUCAUGGACACUUUCUAUCCCUUCACUUCCUGCCUAAUAUAUUCAGAUAUGACUGUUAGUUUUGUUUUUUUUCUCCUGUUUGUUUUUUUUCCCUUUUUUAAAUAGAAAUACUAACUGCCUUUGUGUAACUUUUUUGUGUUUGUGGUUGGUCUGCUUGUGCAGGUGGUCUGUUAGCUUUUUUAUUUUCAUUGUUGUUUUGCUGCUUCAGACAGACCUCCCAUGUCCAGCACAAAGAACACCACUUUAUUUAUUAAGGAAUAUUUCUCUAGGGAGAACAAGUCAUCUUUUUAAUUUUGUCCCCUCGAUAUGUGAGAAAUUACAAUCAACUUGCAUCACUGCACGAACCCGAGUUAAAGCCUUGUUAAACAAAGAGUAAUACAAUACAAAGUAAGCAACAUUUGAAAAAGUUGCUGCUCAUAAAUCUAUUUUUGUGUGAAGUCACACUCCCAUAUGUUAGUCUGGUCGUUUGAAAAAAAUGUUCAUUGUAUUGUACAUAUGUGUACUAUAUAAAUAUAUAUACUUUUCCAUGCAUGCUACAGUGAUAUGCUAUGAACACGUAUCAUGGUUCCAUUUUAAUAAUUAAAACAAAAUUCAGUUUGGUAAAAUUCAGCAAUUUGUGAACUAUUGUAAAUCUGUGCACUAAAAUUGUUGAUUCAUGUCCAGUUCAUUAUUUCCGAAAAGCUGAUUCUCAAAGUUUGGCUCCCAAUACUAAUGUUGUCUUUCCAAAUCCAGUUCAGCCGUUGAAAGCAGAGAAAGGACAAAGCAGGAUCUGAUUCUCUUUUAUUUUGGAAAUUGCAUAGUUAUAUCCAAGGUGAAAGUGGCCUUUUUGGGAGUAUUGAAUAAUUCGUGCUCGAGACGAAAGUGAGUGAAUCGGUAGAUUACACUGCAGGAAAAGGAAUAGAGCUAAACGUGUGAGCUUGCAAUUACACAAACGUGUCAGCAGGGGAUGCAGUAGCCAUGUUGUACUGUAACUACAGUAGUGGGAAUGCGGUGCAGGUCCUCUUAGGGCCGCUAGGAGGCACAAAAUUUUCAUGGAAGAGCGUUUCCCAACAAGGUCACGUGACAUUUUGCGUUGGGGAGUUUUUUUUCCCUUCGCUAUGGCGGAAUUACAGGAGCGCACGAAAGGAUUGUAACCCAUAUUAUAAUUAAUGUUUUGUGUCGUGAAGGAGGAUUUUAAUUCUUUUCAGAUUUUAUUUUGCCCUGAGCACUUGUUAUAGCAUUUUUUCGCGAUGGCGGAUCGAGGUCUAGAUUUGUCCGGUCUGCCCAAAGACGUUAGGGACCAGCUGGCGGAGUUGGAUUUGGAGCUAUCGGAAGGUAAGAUUGGACUAGAAUAUAAAGGGAAAGGGGAGAAAAAUUAGGUUGUCAGACAAGCUCUACCUGUGUGUUCACACCCUCUUUUCCAAUAGCUCCUGACAUGAGACGAGUCGAGCGAAUUUCAGUAUUAAAAAUAUUUAUUAUAGAAGAUUCAUUUUCGCUAACACAUACAACGGGUUGCGAAGAUGGGGUGUUGAUGUGUGAUGACGGGAAUUUGCUUGUGUGUCUUAAAUUUUUCAUAACUGCCCAUCAUCGAGUGUGCCUCUGUCUGGAGAAAAUCUAAUUUGACACGAAGUAAGACACUCUAGACGCACACUUUAUUUGUGCUCUGUGCCAUUAGCUCAAAUGUGCUCGUCUCUUAGGUGUGAGAUUAGGGGGAAACAAUGGUUUAGCGGCGAUGUGACUUGAUGUGGUCGCUCCCUCGGUAGCUAGCUAGCUGGGUGUAGCUUAUGUUUCGGUAGCCUAAAGCCACUAACUGACACGGUACCGGUUUUCAAUUGGUAAUUUAUUUUAUUUGUAAAAUGAUGGCAAGUAAUAAUGCGUUUGUGAUUGGGAACGUAAUUUGUAACGUUUCACUGCGGGACACCCAAACGCUUGGUUAGCUACUGUGAAAUAAGGCUUCGUGCCGAGAGGCCGGGCAAGUGUUGUUACACAGAAAUGCAUAUUAACUACAGUUGGAGAAUUAAAACUUUUCACGAUUAAUGUUGCACGUAGCUACCAUGGUGCGAGUUAAAAACUAAAACGCUUUAUUAGGAUUGUUCAUUUGGUAUAUAGUAGCCUAGUUCGAUAGACUCGGUGUGUUACUGUAAACCACCGCAAUCACGUUUCUUGUCUGUGGCCAAAAACACGAAAACAAUAAAGGCGGUGUGUUGUAAUUUGAUUCUGAUCUUACGUGCAUAUUGUGAAACGAAAUGUGUACGUGGAUGAUGUACUUUUGGCACCGACAGCCUCCAUUGAAACUGCACAAUCAUUGCUUCUGUCACUUUAACGAUGAAUAAAACUUGAGACUGUCUGAAAAACUAA